UCAGGGAUAGAAAGGUGGAGGCCCAUGCUCCCGAAGGCUAGGGAGGUGCUAACUGAAUCAGUGCUGGACGAGCAGCUCCUCUGUUGCAACCCUUGCCAGUCUGACAGGCUCCUGCAGAGUUACAUCACUUCCUAAAAAUCAGGCAAACACCUCUCCUUCAAGUGAGCACCGACCCAAAGGAGCAGGAAACAGGAAAUGUGCGCGUCGGAGGGAGGCCGGGGUUCCGCAGCAUCCUGAGCGAGAGCGAGCCAGCUGAGAUGACCGCGCUGUGCAUUGCCCUGGUCUUGGCCCUGGGACUCGCAUUCGGUCGUUCAGACCAGGGCAAUGAUGAGGAGUUAGAACUCUCAGGACACAGUACCACCGAAGAGGAAAAGGUAGACAAAGAGACAACAAGUGCUUUGGCCGUAGUGACCACAGAAGCAUUAACCACAGAUACAAAUUCCACAUACACCGGUGAGUCCCCAAACUCGAUGGAGUUCGUGUUAAUGGUGGUGGUCCCACUGGCUGCGCUGGUCAUCCUUUUAUCCUUGGUUCUCCUUGCAAUCUACCUUAAAAGCAAGAGACCUAAACAAGAGCCUUCUAGCCAAGGAUCUCAAAGUGUCUUGCAGACAUAUGAACCGAUUGGUGAAAACCUGAAAGUCCCUAUUUUUGAAGAGGACACACCCUCUGUUAUGGAAAUAGAGAUGGACGAGCUUGAUAAAUGGAUGAGCAGCAUGAACAGAAAAGCCGACUAUGAAUGUUUACCUACUUUGAAGGAAGAAAAGGAGCCAAACCUCAGCCAGAGUGACAAUGAAUCCUAACUCUGAACAGUGUUGAUGUUCUCCAAGAGUGCACCCCCUGAGGGCACCUGCUGGGCCUGCCAAGGGAAGAUGAAGAGGAGACAAGUUUAAUUAAUUUCAAAUCAGUGUAGACACAAGAACCUUUCACUGUUUCUUCUACUGCGCUCUCUUCAGACAAUGACAUCCCAUGGACUUGGAAGAAGGAAGGACUGAAAUCCUAGGAAAGGCCUGGCUGCCCGCCAUCCAACUCAGGGUGUAGAAGGAGCACUAUGAGGUGCUACCUUCUGGUCAGGGGGUAUCCCCUCCUUGCUGCUUUCCCCUCACUCAUUCCGACCACCUUGAAGUCACCAUCACUGGCGUGCUUCACCCCUGAGGGUUCAAAUCAGGAAGCUGGUCUUCUUCUGGGUCAUCUCACUACCUAACAGCUUUGGAUAAUGUCCUCUAAUUAUUAAUGUCAACUCUAAUCAUCUGGAACUUCCCUCAUGUUAUGUUAUGUCACGGGACAGACAGAAAACAAAGCAAGUGUUUCAUAUCCCCACCAUCCCUGGGAGUUGUUAAGCUUGUUUUUACCUGCUAAGAAAACUCAGCAAGAAAGCGCACAGUCCUCACAGGAGAUCCUUGGGUAACUCGUAGACUUGUACCUGGCCACAUUCAGCCACAUCUCAGUCACUUUUGAAAACUUGUAGAAGAAAUAGUAAUCUUUAAAGAGAGAAGCAACAUUUUCCUUCUCUGCUAAGGUCACCUCUCCUUGCAACAUCCCAAAGCUGCUAUUCUGGUCUUGCCUCAUCCCAUGGGCCUGGCCUGUGCUGUGUGGGCACAGAACAUGGAGUGUAUGCAGGCCGAGAUCAUCUAUCACCCUUUUGCACUGUGGGAUCUUCAAGGCUGAAUGAAAUAUAUCUGUACCCGCAGCAACUGUGUCUCACAGUGCUCUGCCGUCUCUCCCGCACACUGUACAGCCCUUUCUGUAAGGCUGGAAAGAUCCCCUGGUCCUCAAUACGACACUCUGGGAGGUGGCUAUCAGGCCAUCAGAGGAAACAUUCUACAUGAGAUUGCUUGACCUCCAUGUACUAAAAACAGUGGAGCAAAAUGCAGAAGGGCCCACUAACCUCUUCCACUAACCUCUUCUCCUCAAUCAAGUCAGUCCCAUUUAAUCCUUAGCUUUCUAAUUCUGACCUUUGAAAGACCAUCUAGCAAAUUGAGUGCUCAGCUCUCCUGGGAUGCUUAGUACUUUAUUCCAGGAAAGAAACAAAAGAUGAAAAUUUUAUUCUGCUAACCACGUAGAAACCGAGGGGAGAUAAAAUUAACUGAACUUUUUGCUGUUGAGUUUGGGGUGCGUUUGAAAGGCUGCGUGCGUUCAUGCUGCACAGAGCUAUGCAGCCUUUUGAGCUAUGCAGCUAUUUUAUAGGCAGAGUUGCAGGCUGGUGUGGGCUCUCUAUAUGGUGAAAGACGAUCCUGUUUGCACUGUCCUGGGAUUGUGCAGUGCUCUGAUAAAAGAUGGUGUUCAACAGUGUAUCUUCAACAGAUUUGUUUGUCGUGUUCUCAUUGUUCUGGUGGACACCUGAGUCCCUGCCCCCAUGGACACUCACAAUCAAUUUGUAAUGUGCCCUGAUCCUCAGACAUUCACCCUGCAGAUGCUGCCUUCUGAGUCAUCAUUGCUCGCCUAUUCUUCUGCCCAUGGCUGUUAGUUGAAAUUUGUUUCUCUUUCUCUGAAAAGUCUAGUUCCUUCUUUCUCAGGCUGUCUAAGAUCCUCUCUGACUACCCAGGCCUUUGGUCUUGAUCUAACCUUGUCUUGUCCAUUAUCAGACUUGAGAGGUUCUCAAAAGUGUUCAAGGUCUUGGACAGUUACUCUGGAUAAAGCAGUGUCUCCUGAAAUGAUAGUAAAAUUCUCAUUCAAUAUGCUAAACAGCCUCAAGCUCCCAGAGAAACAAAUUUACCAGCAUGACAUUGAGUUUACGUCUAAGAGCCAUGUUGAAUUCUCUAGCUGCUCAGUGCUCAGGAAUUUUUUACAAAGCUAUUUGCUCUGGCAAGACUCAUGACAUUAGCAUAGGUCAAGCAGUCAAGUUAACCCUAGGAUCCUGAAUCUUUUUAUUAUUAUACAAUCAAAGCACAACAUAUGUAUACGACAAUUCCAAGAAUUCUUUUUUUUAAUUUUAAUUUUUUUAGUUAUGUAUAUUAUAGACAGUUGUGAGCCACUAUGUGGUUGCUGGGAAAUGAAAUCAGGGCCACUGGAAGGGUAGCCAGUGCUCUUAACAACUGAGUAAUCUCUGUAGCCCUCCAAGAAUUCUUGAAACAAAAUAUUUAUCAUUUACAUUAUUAGUAGGAAAAAACUUAUCAAUUUGUUCUGGCUGGAUAGCCAAUCAGAACAAAUCAGAUUUUAAAAUAAAGAUAGGCAGAGAAUUUAUCUCAAUUGGUGAGUUGCUUGCCUAGCACGCACAAAGCGCUCUAGCAUUGCAUAAACUCAGCGUGGUUUCGGAAGGAUGAUUCCUACAAGUUCAAAGUCAUUUUCCAUCACAUAGUGAGUUUGUGGUCAGCCUGGACUAUGUAAGACCUCUACUCAAAAAACAUUUUAAAGACACAUGCUUUGGUUUCUUUUUAAAACAAAGUAGUUUGACAACAUUGCCUGGCAAAAUUUCUUUGGAAACUUGUUUCAAUAAAUAUGUAAAAACCUC